AUGGUCAUGGUGCCCCCAAGCCAUGGAUCCCCUCCAAACAUCUGGUUGGGGGUCUGCUCCCUCAAACCUGUGCUUCCUCAAUUUCUCACUUGCCCCCACACCAUCCAUCACAUCCCCCUGGCCGCAAAGCCUGGCACUGCAGCUCAGACCCCAUCCCAGGGCACAGGCUUGAGCCAGAUACCCCUCCUUCCUGCAGGGAGCCAGGCUCGGCAUUUCUGGCAGCAAGAUGAACCCCAGGAACCUUGGGAUCGAGUGAAGGAUUUUGUAGCUGUCUACUUGGAUGCAUUCAAAGACAGCAGCAGGGAUUAUGUGGCCCAGCUUGAGGCUUCCGCCUUGGGAAAACAGCGGAACCUGAAGCUCCUGGACAACUGGGACGCCCUGAGCAGUGGCGUCGCCAAGCUGCACGAGCAGCUCAGCCCCGUCACCCAGCAGUUCUGGGACAACCUGGAAAAGGAGACGGCAGGGCUGCGGCAGGAGAUGACCAAGGACCUGGAGGAGAUAAAGCAGAAGGUGCAGCCCUACCUGCAGGAGUUCCAGACCAAGCUGCAGGGGGCGGUGGAGCGAUACCGCGAGAAGGUGGCGCCGCUGAGCGAGGAGUUCCGCGAGUCGGCGCGCCAGAAAAUCCAGGAGCUGAAGGAGAAGGGGGGCCCACUGCUCGACGAGCUGCGCGACAACGUGCGCGCCUACGUGGAGACGCUGCGCACGCAGCUGGCCCCCCACAGCGAGGAGCUGCGCAAGCGCCUGGCCGCCCGGCUGCAGGCGCUCAAGGAGGACGGCGGCAAGACCCUCGCUGACUACCAGGUCAAGGUCUCCGAGCAGCUGAAGGUGUUCGGCGAGAAGGCGAAGCCCGCUUUCGACGACUUCCACCACGGCCUCCUGCCCGUGCUGGAGAACGUCAAGGCCGGCUUCCUGAUCGCCCUGGACGAGGCCAUCAAGAAACUGAAUGCCGACUGAGGCGCCCACCGCCGACGGGGCUCCUUCCCGGCCCUGGGGCCCGAGAGUCAGACCUGAGGCUGGCCCUCUGCUCGGCUUCCCCCUUCCAUCUUUUGACUUCUUAGAAUAAACGUUUCCAAAUUGGGAA